ACGACAGGUUGGAGUUUACCUUGCCGUACCUGCAUUGCCUAAACUCAAAAUUCAAAGAAUAUGGAUGAGCCUCAUCGCACCGGCGACCAUAUGGAGCGUCUUCAUGUGACGUCUUCGACCGUGAAAGAUACAACCAGUACUCCCCCACAAUCACAGGACAAAGAAGGAUCUCCCUUGUACCAUCCCAACGUGCCCCAUUUCGUUGGAACAGGUGACGAGAUCGAGACAUUCAAUCAUAGUAAGACUGGCAAGAGAGGUUCCGAAUGCGAGGACCCAAAGCGAGCGUUGUCAGGGGUGCAGCUAGAGAGGGAUUUUCAUGCGGAGACCUUCUUGGGUUCGGAAAAGUUGUCUGGACAAGGGAUAGGAUCUACAGCUCAGCAGGAUAUUGAGCAAAACUUGCCGUACACACAAUGAAAGGGAGAGGAGGGAUUCCAGCUUUCGAACAGUAAAUAUCUCUGAUAUAGGGCUUGCGUGCAAAUGGAAAUAUACAGGUGUGAUGUGUGAUUAAAGUGUGCAGGGCGGUACUCUUCAAAUAUAGAUGUAACGGGCAGAGAAGCGGUCCUUAUACUAAUUCCAUCACGGACACCUUUCCCUGAGAAUUUGCGGCAAGCAACGUCCC